AUGGAUGCCAUUAUAUGGAAUGUCAGGUCAGUAAACACAAUGCAAGCAUUUGAAAGGCUGAUUACAAUGCACAGAAAACAUCAUUUUGAGUUCAUAGGAAUCCUUGAGCCUAUGCAACAGUCUCACAAAAUGGAGAGGUAUAGAGCAAGAAUUGGUUUGGCACAGGCUGUGGUGAAUGUGUCAAACAAGAUUUGGGCUUUUAUUGAUGAAAUUUUUGAGGUUACUAUUUUAUAUAACAUGACUCAACAACUGACUUUGAGAUUAAUGCACUUUGAAACACAUUUUGAGCUCAUCCUUACACUAGUUUAUGCCAAAGGUGAUCGCAAUGAAAGAAUAGAACUAUGGGAUAUCUUGUAUGCAGUGGCAUCAGAUAUGAUAGUACCUUGGCUAGUUGGAGGAGACUUUAAUGUGAUAUGGGAUGAGGAAGAGAAUUAUGGGGGCUUGCCAGUUUCUCUCAUUGAAACAAAGCAUGAACCCCUCAAAGAUGUAGUAAAGGAGAAUUGGAAUGCUGAUUUUAGUGCUAACCCUUUCUGCAUUUUUAACUACAAGUUAAAGAAGCUUAAACAAGCACUAUCUUCCUGGAGCAAAGCUACAUAUGAGGAUAUAUUCCAGAAGAUUGCAAGCCUUGAGGAGGUGGUCUUGGUUCAUGAAAUACAAUUUGAAGUCAAUCCUACACAGAUGAAUAGACAAAGAUUACAACAGGUCCAAGCUGAAAUGAUUAAAUAUCUUGCAUUAGAAGAAGAAUUCUGGAGACAAAAAACUGGCAUGUUAUGGUUCAAAGAUGGCGAUAGAAACACUAAAUUCUUCCAUGCUCAAGUUAAUGGGAGAAGGAAGAGACUGAAAUUAUCAAGGAUCCAGAAUAGCCUUGGUAACUGGAUUGAAGAAGAUCACUUAAUAGCAGAAGAAGCAAUAAAGUUCUACAAGGAUCAAUUUACUGAGAGUGUAGUUCCAAAUGAUUUUGUUAUUCUAAAUCAUGUACCUUCAAUGGUAGAUAGUGAUCAACAUGAAAGAUUGAUGGCCUUGCCUUCCAAUGAAGAAGUGAAACGAGCAGUUAUGGGGUUGAAUGGGGACUCAACUGGUGGACCAGAUGGAUUCACUGGAGCCUUUUACCAAACGUGCUGGGAAAUUAUCGAAGAAGAUGUCGUCCACAUGGUCAAGGCUUUCUUUUACAUUCAGCAGUUGCCAAAAAGUGUGACGCACACAAACCUGGUUUUAUUACCAAAGAAAAAAGAAGUCAUGACCUUUGCAGACAUGAGACCAAUCAGUCUUAGCAACUUUAUUAACAAGAUUUUCUCCAGGGUUAUUCAUGAGAGGUUGGUUGAAUUAUUACCAAACAUAAUCUCAGAGGAACAUACAGGUUUUGUGAAGGGCAGAAGCAUAGUUGAGAACGUAUUGUUAACUCAAGAAGUCAUUAAGGAUAUUAGGUUGAGAACAAAAGCAGGUCCAAAUGUUGUGAUUAAGCUUGAUAUGACAAAAGCUUACGAUAGGCUAUCAUGGCUAUUCCUGACCAAAAUACUAAGGAAAAUGGGAUUUCCGGAAGCUUUUAUUGGCUUGAUAUUUGAUUUGAUUGGGAACAAUUGGUACUCUAUUUUUAUAAAUGGUCAGCCUAAUGGUUUCUUCAAAUCAUCGAGGGGAGUUAAACAGGGUGACCCUUUGUCACCAACUCUAUUCAUUCUAGCAGCAGAAGCACUUUCACGGGAAUUGAAUUCACUACACACUAACCUGUAUUUCUGUGGAUUUGGAAUGCCAAAAUGGAGCCCAAAAAUAAAUUAUCUCUCAUACGCUGAUGAUACAAUCAUUUUUUGCUCAUCUGAUAAAACUUCAUUAAGACUUGUCAUGGAGGUUUUGCAAGCCUAUGAAUCAUCAUCUGGUAAACUGGUGAACAAAGCAAAAUCAGCCAUAUACCUGCAUCACUUAAUGGAUAAUGAGGGAUUAAUCACCAAGGUUAUGGACAAACUGCAGUCAUGGAAAGGAAAACUUCUAUCUGUAGGAGGCAGAGCUGUGUUGAUCGCAAAUGUCCUGCAGAGUAUCCCAAUUCAUAUGUUGUCAGCAGUUAAUCCUCCAAGUUAUGUGAUCAACAAAUUACACAGCAUUUUUGCCAAGACAAAGCCCAGUUUGUGGAGUGCAUUUAUUAGUCAAAAGUACUGCAAGAAACUAAAUGCAGUAAUUGUACCUUGGAAGAGGGGAUCCCACGUGUGGAGAAAAAUGCUAGAAUGUAGGAACUUGAUUGAGCAUCAAAUCUACUGGAAACUUAGAAUGGGAUCAGCUCUAUUUUGGUUCAACAAUUGGACUGAGAUGGGAGCCUUAUAUUUUCAAGUGACUGCAGAGUUUGGUAUCGAUGAGGAUAUUCAUAAUGUCAAUGAUAUGGUUGAAAAUGGUAUGUGGAAUGUGGAUAAAAUGUUUGAGAGCCUACCUGAAGAUUUGGCGCGCCACAUUGUGCAGAAUAUUAGACCACCAACUGAAAGUUCACAGUUAGAUACUCCUUUUUGGAUGCUUGAAACAAGGGGACAUUUUACAGUUAAGUCUGCAUGGGAUUACGUGCGAAGAAGAGCCAACCCAAGAUUAGCUUACAAGAUGAUAUGGGUAAAAGGUUUACCUUUCAAGAUAUCAUUCUUCCUGUGGAAGGUGUGGAAAGCCAAACUGCCACUUGAUGAUUUCUUGCGUAAACUAGGAUACUCCAUGCCAUCUAAAUGUUGGUGUUGUGCUGAUCCUAAGGAGGAGUCAUUACUACAUUUGUUCUUCACAUCCAAUGCAGCUACAAGUGUUUGGAGUUACUUCCUGAGGAGAGCAGGAAUUGCAUUAGAUGGGUUGUCAUUACAUCAAGCAAUUACAAAGUGUUGGACAGCAGCAGUUGUCCCUAGAUUGAAGCCAGUAUUACAAGCUUUACCUACAUGCAUUGUAUGGGAACUGUGGAAGAGAAGAAACAGUUUGAAAUAUGGAGAAGCAGUGUUAGUGAGCAGAGUUAUUUACCAGGUGUCAUCUACUUUGCAAUCUCUGGUCCAACUGAAAAAGCCUGGACUACGUGUGCCUCACAAGUGGCUGGACUUACUGACAAUGAUGGAGCAAUACACACUACGACUGAAAUAUGAUAAAGUUUUAUGGGAAUUUCCUUCAACAAGAUGGAUCAAAUUGAAUACGGACGGAGCAUGUAGAGGGAACCCAGGAAGGAGCUCAAUUGGUUUCUGCAUAGGGGAUGAGGCAGGUGAUUUGAUAUAUGCGGAAGGAAAGGAGAUUUCUGAAGGAACCAACAAUGAAUCAGAAGCAGUAGCUAUUGUGGAGGCAUUGAAGAUGUGCAAAAAUCUUAAUUAUUACCAGAUAUGGCUGCAGACAGAUUCUAUGUUGUUGAAGAACAUUAUAGAGGAAUCGUGGAAACCUCCUUGGUAUAUUACUGAACAUGUAGAGGAGAUUUUAAGGAUGAAGGAACAAAGUACCAUUAAGGUCACACACAUAUUCAGAGAAGGGAAUACAUUAGCAGACCACCUUGCCAAUUAUGCUCUAGAUGAAGGAAAUACUGAAUGCCAUGGUUNAGAAAUACUGAAUGCUAUGGUUUCUGGGAUAUGGACUCAAAAGGAAGGAGGAUUAUUAACGAAGAUAGGAUGCAAUGUCCUUACAUAA